AUGGCGGCUCCCGCAUCCAAGACAAUUGGCGAUCUGAACGGGAAGUGGGUUCUAAACAAAACCCUCUCCGACCCCAUCGACCCCGCCCUCUCCCUCCAAGGCGUAAGCUGGCUCGUGCGCAAAGCCAUCGGCGCCGCCACCGUCACCCUCGAGACGAAGCAAUACCAAGGCCCCGCCACGCCUCCCAACACCAGCACCGAGCUAGUAACCCGCAUCGACAUCCAGCAGAUCGCGACCGCCGGCGUCAAGGGCACCGCCGAGAACCGGUGUCUAGACUACGAGUUCCGCGAGCACAGCGACUGGCUGUUCGGCCGCGUGCGCGGCCGCAGCCGCUGGAUCGGGCCCGAGGAGUUGGCGAAGCACGUGGGGCCCGACGGGGAGGCGCGCAAGACCGCCGUUGUCGAGGAUGACUUCGCCGCGAGGGAUUGGCUCGAGGGGGACGAGGAGAAGGGCGGGCCGCUGGGCGAGACGCAUGUUUUGAAUCAUGUGGAGAGUUUGGAUGCGGGGUGGACGGCGCUGCAGGUCUGGGGGUUCCAGAAUGUGGGUGGUGAGAGGAGGUAUGUGCGGAAUGUGGUUGUGGCGAAGGACGGCACGUUUGUCAACUUUAAGAUGGUGUAUGACUGGGUCCCUGAGUAG